AUGAGUUUUGCUAAAAAGCCUUUACCUAUUAAAGGAUCUAAAAAGAUAGAAAAAUCUCCUCUUGAAUAAAUUCAAUUGAUUCUUGGUAAUGAAUAUACAGUUGAAUAAAUAUAAAAUACACUAAAUUAAACCUCUGACAUAUAGAAUUCAAUCAAAAUGUUGAAAUAGGAAAGGGAAGCUUUAUAAAACAAUUCUAAGGUUCUUAAAUUUUAGUAAUUGAAUAAAGCAUAAUAAAUCUAAAAACGUCUUAAUAAGUAUAAUAGUAGAUGGAUAAAGAGAGUAUUAGGAGGAGAUAUUGUUUAGAAUAAAAAUUAAGAAAUGUUAAGUAUGAUUCAAAUAUAAAUGGAGAAAAUAUUAAUAGAUUAGGAAUUACAUAAAUAAAUUAUUUAUAAUUUUAGUAUUCCUUCUCGUGAUCAUUAUAAUAAUACUAAUGAUUUAUCAUGA